CCCACAAGGCGGCAUUCCAGUUUGGGCGCAUUCAGGAUCAUUUUCUUUUCCUCCCCUGACUUAUUGCCUCUUUGAAGUUGCACUGUUAACAGGGACUUUUGGUCAACAAAUCCCUGAUAGAUGAACACACAAGCAUAUCUAGUUAAUUCUGAUCAUUGACAAUAUGCCCAGACGGCCUUGCGGCCCGCACGACCGCCGCCUGCUGCGUCAUCGCUGUCGGCCCUGCAUACAGCUUCAUAUCAAAUUGCAGUGUGAUGAACUAGAAAGCCAUGGGCCCGUUCAGAACUUCAUGCCCUACAAGCCCCCACCAGUAAUGGUCACAACACAGCUAAGAGUAGCGAAUUCCACUUCUCUAGAUGAACAAUACCCUGUACUGGAGAAAUCACUUGAUGCGUACUUCACCUUCGUGGGUCAGCCAUCCGCCGUUACCGCGUGCUUCACGCACCGAGCCCUUAAGACGUUUCUAGUUGAGGGUAGACCAAUUCAUACCGCUGUUUCGGCCAUUGUGAAUGUUUUAGAAUUCCGAAAAUCCCGCCGGGACUUGAUCGGAAACCUGACCAAUUUCCAAGUUUUCAAGCUACGGCAAAGCCUACGUACGCAGCUUUCCAACAUGCUCAAGGUGGAUACGGGCGGCCCCAAGCAGCAGGCUCUCCUCUUUGCGAUGCUCUUGUGUCUUUUCGAACUCCUCACGGAAGAAACUGGUGUCGGGUUUUUCACAAUCAUGGAAGUAAUCACAGAUCAGAUUGCAAGAAAUUUACCAGAAAUUCCUUGUGUAUCAAGCGCCGAUGCCCCGUUGUUGCUGUUCUAUUGCAUGGCCAGCUGCUACAAGGCGCUUAUUCUUGACGAAGCGCCUCCGAUUGGGAAGGUUCAGGACCUUUUUACCCACAACCCUGCUUGUCUGCGUGAGUGUAACGAUGUAGAUCUUCACACUAGACUAUUUUACCAGAUCUGCGACUUUCUGGUGUUAUUGUCCAAAUGCAAUGCCAGGUAUGUCGUACUCAAAUUCACUUGUUUCCAUUUUCAGACUUAGUCGCUUAUGUCUAUGCCUAUGCCAUGUUCAAACAGGGUCGUCAAUCUUUCAGCUCAAGCCAGAUCGUUUUCUUCAAAUCUAGACCUUUCCAAGGAAUUUGCCCCUGCAAUGGUCCUUGAUACUCUUGGUAAAGAUUUGU